AGGAGGAGUCGAGAUCCUGACGGGGCUGGGACUGCAGCCUGCGCUCGAGCACUUCCUGCUGCCACCACGCCUCUGGGUUAGUUAUCGGAGCUCAGCUGAACACAACCUGCCCUGGAGACGCUCUCUAAGGACUCCGUGAAGGAAAUCAUCCGACCUGGGACGGUGACACGUGUGCCCCCGCCAGCUUCCACAUGCUGAAGGUGUACAUACUCAUGAGUUUGAUGUGCCUGGUGAGAGCAGAUGGAGAUGAAAGCUGCGCUACAUUCACCAGGCUGAGCUUCCACAGCGCAGUGGUUGGGACCGGACUGGAUGUGAGGCUGAUGCUUCACACAAAGAGACACCCGGCCUGCGCCCAAAUCAUCAACUCCACGGCCUUUGGGGACUUCAAUGUAACCAAGAGAACCACCUUCGUCAUCCACGGGUUCAGGCCAACGGGCUCCGCUCCAGUUUGGAUGGGGGACUUGGUAGAGGGUUUGCUGUCUGUGGAGGACAUGAACGUGGUGGUGGUUGAUUGGAACCGAGGAGCUACGACUGUGAUUUACCCCCACGCCUCUGGUAAGACCAGAAAAGUUGCCAUGGUCUUGAAGGAAUUUAUCGACCAGAUGUUGGCAAAAGGAGCAUCUCUUGGCAACAUUUAUAUGAUUGGAGUGAGUCUAGGAGCCCACGUAUCUGGAUUUGUUGGAGAAAUGUACGCUGGGCAGCUGGGACGAAUUACAGGUCUUGACCCUGCGGGCCCUUUAUUCAACGAGAAACCUCCUGAGGACAGAUUAGAUCCCAGUGACGCGCAGUUCGUGGACGUCAUCCACUCUGACACUGACGCGCUGGGAUAUAAGGAGCCACUGGGAAACAUAGACUUCUACCCAAAUGGAGGAUUAGAUCAACCUGGUUGUCCCAAAACAAUAUUUGGAGGAAUGCAGUAUUUCAAAUGUGACCACCAGAGGUCCGUGUACCUGUUCCUGGCUUCCCUGAGAGAAGACUGUGCGGUCAUCGCGUAUCCCUGUAACUCCUACCGGGAUUACAGGAACGGCAAAUGCAUCAACUGUGGAACAGCGCAAACGGAGCCCUGUCCCCUUGUGGGUUAUUAUGCUGAUCGCUGGAAAGACUAUUUAAGGGGCAAGGGCCAUCCAACCACGAAGGCGUUCUUUGACACAGCUGAGCAGAAGCCCUUCUGCAUAUAUCAUUAUUUCGUGGACAUUAUAUCUUGGAACAAGAAUGUAAGAAGAGGGUCAAUCACAAUCAAGUUGAGAGACAAAGAUGGAAACAUCACGGAGUCUAAAAUCGAUCAUGAGCCGGCCACAUUUGAGAAAUACCACCAAGUGAGUCUGCUGGCGAGAUUUAACCAAGACCUGAGCGAGGUGGCAGAAGUUUCCUUGAUGUUCUCCACGGGCUCUGUGGUCGGCCCCAAGUACAAGCUCAGGGUCAUCCGCAUGAAGCUGAGGUCCCUCGCGUAUCCGGACAGGCCGCAGCUGUGCCGCUAUGACCUUGUCCUGAUGGAAAAUGUCGAAACCAUCUUCCGGCCUAUUCCCUGCCCCAGGCUGCAGCUGUAACUUCCUGGGGACCGGUGGCACCCCAGUGCCAGCCGGGCGACAUCUAUAGGCUCCGUCAAAGCUUCGCCUCACCUUUUCUUCAAGGUUCCAAUAGUACAGAAGAACGAAGGUUAUUUCUAGCAGCGUCCUAUGAGUAUCACACUGUCAAACGUCAAGUGACCUUGUGGUUAUGAAAGGAUCCCGGGAAAGCAACCCCUAACUAGGGCAAGUCAGAAAUAGCCAGGCUCCCGCCAGCCCUGAGCUUCGCCUGCUGCAUCCCGGGACCUCGUUUGUUCUGACCUGUCACUUCUCUGCGUGUCACCAGUGCUGCUGUCCCUCAGGGCUGCGGGUGGAGCAUCUGAAAGGGAAGCAUGGCUGGAGAUCCACUGUGGACACCCACACCCACCCUGCACCAGGUUCCCCGCAGUUCUGGCACACAGCAGGGUACAGCGGAACUGACCUACCUCGCAGGGCUGCUGCGGGCUCGGAGGUGCAUGCAGGAAGGGUUCUUUGCAAUCCACAUCUGGGAGAUGUGGGUGGAAGGGAAUACACUUUUAUUUAUUUUGAUACGGCUGAGCUCUCCUGCUUAGAGCAAGAGGCAGGAGAGGAAAAGUGGAUCAUUAUUAUUAUUAUUAAUUUUUGGUGUGGUGCUGGCAAUGGAUCCCCACUGAAAAACAUCCAGCCCUAGACACUUUAAGCAAUCCCUAAAUAAUAAUAUUUAUUUUUCCCUAUUACUAGUGGAAUCCACGAUUAUCGAAGGACAUUGUUUUCAGUGCAUGGUACACAGGGAAAAAGAACGCUAUACACAACUCUACCUGUUAAAGGGGAUCGAUGGACGAAGUUGUAACUUGUUUUGUGGAGAAUGGAAUUCACCACACAGCUGGUUUGCUUGUGGGGCAUCCGAAGCCUCCAGGUGGGGGACUUGUUCGGUUUCCCUGGAAGAAGGUGUGAUGUGUGACUCUGGAAUGACAGCGACAGUUAAGUAGGAGGUCCCUGAGAGCCGAGGCCAAGAAGGCUGGAAUGAAGAGAGGAUGGUCCCUGGGGCCAGAUGUCCAGGUCUGGGACAGGCCCGGUGCCAUCCACCUCCUCCGAGUGACUUCUAUCACUUGCUGUGAAGACAGCCCUGCUUGUAAAUGAGAGCCUUCAGCAACAGGAGUGCAAGGGCCUUUGUUAGCCCUGUGCUCUCCCAUGUGGUUCUGACUGAGCUUGGGCCUCGGAGCAGGAAGCAUCAUUGGGUGCUGCCUAUUCACUUGGAAGGAGACCCCUUCCGAGUCCAGGGGGAGAAGACAGCCCUAGGAGUCUCCUCUUGGGGAAGAUGUCCUUGUGUUGGCCAAAUCCCAUGACCCUCAGGUUCCAUGGUCUCCAGCACUGCCCAGGGUUUCUCUUCUGAGUCUCUCUUGGAUGCUCAGCCCUCUCUCUCUUUCUCUCUUUUCUCUCCCCAGCUGUCUUUCUCACUGAUCAUACCUGAGUGCGCCAUCUUGUUCUUUCAUUGGCUCCACUACUUCCUCACCAAGCUUCUGGUUUCAGUCAGAAAGAGUUCUCGGGACAGUAGUGCACACUAAGACAUUAGGCUCUGGUGUGGCAAGGAGUGUGAUCUCCAUUACGCUACUGAGUUCCUUACCUUGUCCUAAGCUUCAGUUUCCUGGACUAUAGCAGGGUAGGGGCAGUUGAGAGUCCCUACUUCAUGCGGGUUGUGCUGUGGAAGAAAUUCCUGCAUGUAAAACACUCCCUUUGGGUCUACAAGAUACUCAAGGAACACCA